AUGUCAAACAACAAUAAUAAUUCAACACAUAAACUAGUAAAUCUACCACAUAUUCUAUUAUCAAACAUUGUUGAUAAUUUAAAAGAUAAUAUCGAUAAGAUUUGUUUUAGUUUAGUUUGUAAAAGAUGGUUUGACAAUAGAAAUAGGUAUCUAUUGUUUAAUACCAAAAAUUUUUAUUGUAACUAUAAAGAUCGUUCAAAAAUCACUAUGAAUUCAUAUAGAUCUUUGAUAUUCGAAUCACUCAACCAAAAGAAACAACGUACUAUGUUCGUCACUAAAGAUAAAAAUUAUAUUUAUCAUUAUGAUUAUACAAUAGAUUAUGAUUCAAUUGAAAGUAUAGAUGAAAUCGAUCAAAACAUAGUGAAAGUAAUCGAAAGCAGAGAAAUGAUAUUAAGAGAAGAUUCAGAUAAGCUAUAUACUCGACUAUAUGAAUUGAUCGGCAAAUCUAAUGUAACUGGUCUUAGGAAGUGUAUGACAUUGAAGUAUGGAAUACCAAUGAAUAUCACAUCACUGGCAUUUAGUUAUUAUUUUAAUGAAGCUUUGUUCAAAGGAUGUUUUCCACCCAACUUGAAGAAAUUGAAAUUUGUUGGCCAAUUCAACCAAGUGAUCGAAGUAGGUGUGUUACCUGAUACAUUGGAGAGUUUAGAGAUUGGUCAUCUCAACCAGAUUUUGGAGCCUGGAGUAUUACCAACAUCAUUAAAGAUUCUUAGAAUCACAGGUUCAGCCCCUGAUAACUAUCUCAAAGUUGGAUCGCUACCACCAAAUCUAGAGGAAUUCAUUCAAAAUGGCGCAUAUAUUAAUAUCGAUUCAAACGUUCUACCAAAUUCGUUGAUCACACUUGGUAAAGUACCUUUGCCAUGGAUGAAGUCAAUCAAACCACUCGAGAAUCUUCGAUCGCUAAUGGUGAGGAGAAGCACUGGUUGUUUAGAUCUAAGUGAUCUACCUCAAUCACUGACAAGACUCGACAUUUUCCACUCUUUAUCAGUGUUAAAAUCAUUACCUACUUCCAUCAAACAUCUGAAUAUUGCCUAUUCGGAGUAUGACAUUGAUGAACUGUUCCCAGAUCGCUCACUUUAUCAUUUCGAAAGUCUACAAGUAUCGCCAUUCAAACAAGAAUCUCUUGAUGGCUUGGAUAUCAAGAGAUUGCUUAUGGAAGAUGAUAGUGUUGGCGAAGAGAAUAGUUUGGCGACACUCAGAGUCAUUCCAUUUGGUGUUGAAACACUUGACAUUGAUGUACAAUGUAAUUUCAAGUUCAAUCAGAAUUCACUUCCAUCAUCGUUGAAAACGCUCAAUGUUUACCACAUGAACAGUUUCAUACACCCAGGUAUUAUACCAAACUCUGUGAAUCAUCUUAUCAUUCAAGUGCCUAGAUGUGACAUUCAUAUAGCAGAAGGAAUUCUCCCAGACUCUGUCCAAAACAUUGAGUUGAAACAAGUUGUAUUCCCAACAAGUAGCAUCGUUGACAACAUAUCCUUUGAAGAUUACAAUUUUAAUAAGUGUUCAAUUCGAAAACUUGAUGAUCAAUAUUACAUCGUUUUUGGUCAUCAGAAAAACAAACCCUUCCUCAUUGCAAGUCUAUUCCACAAAUCAAUGUUUUUAGACAGAGUUAAUGUUGUAAAAAUACUUAAUGGUGAAUAA